AGGGGAGGAGAUUAUUUCUGGUGGUUUGGAAGCUUUUGAAAUAUACAUAUUUUAAUUGUCAUCUUGGGAGGGCUUUUUUGGCAAACUACUGAUAGCGAUGCUUUUAAAAGGGGUUCAGUCUUUCCUGAGCCACUUUGGAGGGUCUAAAGUUUUGAGCUGAUAAACAUCUUCCCUUUAUGUGAAUUAAAGCUUGGAACGUUCAUUCAUAAUAUGAAGAUGCUGCUGACUUUGUUCCUCUUCCUUAUUGGGAGUCAAACUUCAGUAACUCAGACACCUGCCCCUACAUCUGCAGAUAUUGUCCUUUUGGUUGACAGCUCUAAUAGCCUGGGAAACAAGGUGUUCCCCUCUAUGAAGUCUUUUAUUAGCAAAAUGAUCAGUCAUUUAACAGCAACUCCUAACCAAUACCGUAUCGCGCUUGCCCAGUACAGUGAUGAUUUGCACGUUGAAUUUCAGCUGGACGUCUAUAAAGCAAAGAACCCAAUGCUGAAUUAUGUAAAAAAAAACGUUGUAUUCAAGGGUGGUUCAGUAAAAACUGGCAAUGCCCUUCGAGAAGUUCACAAGACCUUUUUCAAAGGACCAGGUAAUGGAAGAGACAAAGAACGAAUUCUGGUAGUCUUGACUUCAGGGGCAUCAGAAGAUGCUGUAGAAGAGCCUGCCAACAUCUUGAAAAAUGAUGGGGUGAAAAUCAUAGCCAUGGGGAUUCAGGAUGUUUCUCCUCAAGAAUUGCAGUCAAUGGCUACAUCUCAAUUUUCUUAUAAGUUUCGCACAGUGAGAGAUCUCAGUAUGUCUUCUCAAAACCUGACCAAGAUCAUCGAGGAUGUUAUUCAAACAGAUAUUAAUGGCAUAAUACCAACAGAUAUAACAGUUCCUGAGAGAGAAGUUUGUAAGAGUGAUUCUGUUGCUGAUGUUGUGUUCAUAGUAGACGAGGGUGUUUCAAAACCAAAAGCUGAAGAUAUUAAAAAGUUCCUGCAAGAUACAGUUUCCUUUCUUGUUGUGAAAAAGAAUUGUACAAAGAUUGGCCUAGUGACAUAUAGCAGUGAGUCACACGUGUUAUCUUUAUUGAGCGAAGAAACAAACAAAACUGCUAUUCUGCAGAAAAUACAGGGCUUUUCUCCGAGGGAAGGGAAGGCCAACACCGGUGCUGCCAUUAAGGUUACAAGGCAAAGAGUCUUCUCUGGAAGCAGAAAGGCCCAAGGGAUAGAGCAAAUAGCCUUUCUGAUCACCCACAGACCCUCUGAAGACAACAUAAGUGAGGCAGCUCAUGAUCUUCGGAGAGCUGGUGUGACUGUAUUCACCAUAGGCAUUGAAAAUGCUGAUUACACCCAGUUAACCCAGAUAGCAUCAUAUCCUCAACAGCAAUAUGUUACUAAGCUGACGGCUUUUUCUGACCUGCCAAAAGAAGCCAGAACUUUACAAAAGAAACUCUUGAAUCGAAUUCAGGACAAGCUGUAUGUCCAGUCUGAAAGAAGAGAACUACUUAAAGCAGGAUGUGUGGACACAGAGGAAGCUGAUAUUUAUGUCCUCAUUGAUGGCUCAACAAGCAUUCAUCCUGCUCCCUUCGGAGACAUCAAAAAAUUUUUGAAGGAAGUGAUUAAGAUGUUUAACAUAGGGCCGAAUAAAGUUCGCUUUGGAGCUGUGCAGUUCUCAGAUGACAAAAGACUGGAGUUUGAACUUGAUGAAUACAGCAAAACAAAUGAUUUAGAAAGGGCCAUCGACAACAUUAGGCAAAUAUAUGGGGAUACCCAUAUUGGAGAAGCUUUGACUUUCAUGCAGCCACUGUUUGAAACGGCAAGGAAGCAGAGACCUGGCAGGGUGCCUUGUUACCUCAUUGUCCUAACAGAUGGGGAGUCACAUGACAGUGUGAAGGAGCCUGCUGAGAGACUGAGGAAUGAGAAAGUUUAUAUUUAUGCCAUUGGUGUAAAAAAUGCAAAUGAAGCACAGCUCCAUGAGAUUGCAGGGUCAAAGAGCAGGACUUUCUUUGUGCAAGAGUUUGACUCCUUGAAAAACAUAAAAAAUGAAAUUGUUCAAGGGAUCUGUUCUGGAGAAGCCUGCAAAGAAAUGACAGCUGACAUCAUGUUUCUAGUGGACAGCUCUGGAAGCAUAGGACAAGAGAACUUUUUGAAAAUGAAAAACUUUAUGAGAGAACUGGUGAACAAAUCUGACAUCAGCGCAGACCGAGUGCAGGUUGGGGUCGUCCAGUUCAGUGGCACACAACACGAAGAGUUCCAGCUUGACCGAUACUCUUCAAAAAGUGACAUUUUCAGUGCUAUUGCUAGAAUGUCUCUUAUAGGGGAAAAUACACUAACAGGAGGCGCUUUGACAUUUGUAGCUGAUUAUUUCAAGCCUCCCAAAGGUGCACGUCCGACUGUCAAAAAGAUUCUUAUCCUGAUUACAGAUGGGGAAGCGCAGGAUGAAGUAAAAGGUCCAGCAAAAACCCUACGUGAUCAAGGUGUUAUUAUCUACUCUGUUGGGGUGUUUAAUGCAAAUAAAACUCAGCUGGAAGAGAUUAGUAGGAAGCGUGAGCUGGUUUUUUACGUUGAGAAGUUUGAUAUUCUGAAGCACAUAGAAGAUGAGAUCAUCUUUGGAAUAUGCACACCUCAUGAGGAAUGCAAAAGGAUAGAAAGAUUAGAUGUUGUGUUUGUGAUAGAUGGAUCUGGGAGCAUAAAUUCCUUAGAAUACCAGACCAUGAAAAAGUUCAUGAUUGACUUGGUGAAAAAAUCUGAUGUUGCUCCAGAUAGAGUUCGGUUUGGAGCUGUAAAAUAUUCUGAUGAACCGGAAACGUUUUUCUACCUUAAUACGAACAGAACAAAAUCUGACAUUGUUGAGGCUAUCCAGAAUGACGUAUCUAAAGGAGGUCCAACGUAUACAGCCAAGGCAAUUGACUAUUCGGAAGCUCUGUUUGCUCAGGAGCAUGGUGGCCGCAAAAGCAAGGGAGUUCCACAGAUUCUUAUAGUGAUAACAGACGGACACUCCGAUGAUGCAGCACAGCUCGGUGACACAGCCAAGAGAUUAAGAGACAAUGGAAUUAUUAUCUAUGCUGUUGGGAUAAAAGGAGCAAAACCGGAUGAGCUUUUGGCUAUGGCUGGAUCAGAAGACAAAUAUUACUAUGUGGAUACAUUUGAAGGACUCAAAAACACAUCUGUAGCAAUAUCAGAAAAAAUAUGUGAUGAUUCAAAACCAGAGUGUGAAAUUCAAGCAGACCUUGUUUUCUUGAUUGACGGUUCCAAUAGUAUAAAGCCAGAUGACUUCACCAGGAUGAAGGAUUUCUUGCAAGUUAUACUAGAUCAGAUUGAUUAUGAUCGCAAUGUUCAAAUUGGCAUUGCCCAGUACAGUGACAGGUAUAAAAGAGAAUUCAGCCUGGGUGCUUUUCAGAACAAAUCAGAACUGAACAUUCAAAUUCAGAACAUUAAACAGAUGACAGGAACUAGUACUUUAAUUGGAGUUGCACUUAAGCGGGUGAAGGAAUUCUUUGCACCAGCACGCAGCAGAAGAGUAACAAGAAACGUCCAACCAGUUUUGCUGGUAGUCACUGAUGGGGAGUCGCAUGAUGAUGUUGCUGAACCAGCAGAAGAUCUGAGAAAGGAAGGUGUUAAUAUAUAUGCUAUAGGAGUUGGGGAUAUCAAUCACAUGCAGCUCAUGCAAAUAGCUGGCAUCCCGGAAAGGAAGUACACUGUUAAUGAUUUCAAUGAGCUGAAGAUUAUUAAAAAAAGACUAGUUGGUGACCUAUGCAAACCUGAUGUUCCUACAACUUGUUUUGUGGAUAUUGUUAUGGGAUUUGACAUCUCUUCACAAAAGAGAGGUGGCCAUUUAUUCCAUGGACAGUCCCAGCUGGAAGCAUAUCUUCCUGACAUUCUAAAAGCCCUCACAUCCCUAAGCAGUCUGAGUUGCAAUGUGGGGACAAAGACACAGAGCACUGUGGCAGUUUACCUGAACAACACCGUUACACCUAUGUUCCAAUUUGAAAGUGAGAAAAUAUGGAAAAACCUGAGCAAGAUCCUGAUCGACAAACCAUCUCGUCUCAAUGGCAACUUCCUGGAGUCACUCUGGAAAACGUUUCCUAGCAAACCUGAUGAUCAAAAUCGAAGGAAGGUUUUACUUGUAUUUUCAGAUGGUUUGGAUGAAGAUGUAGAAGAACUUGAACAAAAGUCAGAAGAACUCAGAAAAAAAGGAUUGGAUGCACUGAUGACCGUUGUUCUGGAAGGAGCCUCUAAAUUUGAUGAGCUUCAGUACAUUGAGUUUGGAAAGGGAUUCGACUAUAUGACUCAAUUAACUAUUGGCAUGAGAAAUAUCGCCAAAGCACUGUCCAAGUAUGUGACUAACGUUGCUGAAAGGACGUGCUGUGCUGUUUUUUGCAAGUGCAUUGGGGAGGAAGGUGGAAUUGGACUCCAAGGGAAGCAAGGAAAUGAAGGACCUAAAGGUAUAAAAGGCAGUCAAGGACACUUAGGAGAAGAGGGAGAGCCGGGUUCAAGAGGACCGCUUGGACCAACGGGAGAGCAAGGGAAUAAGGGAUGUGAUGGUAGUACAGGUCCUAAAGGAUUCCAAGGAAUAUCUGGUGAAAAGGGAGACGACGGGGACAACGGGAUUGAUGGAAUUAAUGGAGAGAAGGGAUCACUUGGGUAUCCAGGAAAGAUGGGAGAAAAGGGUGACCCAGGCUACAUGGGCAGUCCAGGGCCAAGAGGACUCCCUGGUGAGCGUGGUGAGAGGGGCUUACGAGGAGAUCAUGGUAACCCUGGAUUGGACAAUGACAUCAAAGGGUCGAAAGGUUCAAAAGGAGAACAGGGAAGACAGGGUGAAAGAGGACCAAUGGGCUCACCGGGGUCACCAGGCUCUCAGAGAACCACAGGAGCAAAAGGUCAAAGAGGAACACCAGGUCCACAGGGGGAGAAAGGAGCUCCUGGUUUGACGGGCUUUCCAGGAGAACCAGGAUUUCCAGGAUCCCAGGGACAAAAAGGGAUUAAAGGUGUGAAAGGAGAGAAAGGAAGUGAAGGAAAUAAAGGUCUUCAGUGUGAACUGGGAGUUGCAGGUCCAAAAGGGAGUCCUGGCAGUCCUGGGAUGAGAGGAAAUAAAGGAGAAUAUGGUGAUCCUGGAGAGAAAGGACAGAGAGGGCCACCAGGUCAACGGGGAAUUCAGGGAGACAAUGGUGCUGAUAGAUAUGGUGAACCAGGAAAGAAAGGAGCAAAGGGACAAAAAGGAUUCACCGGAGAUAUUGAACAGAAGGGUGAAAUUGGAGAAACAGGAUUUCCAGGAGAACUUGGACCAAUAGGAAUCAAAGGACAAAGGGGUCCUCCAGGUCCUCCUGGUCCAGAGGGAUUUCCAGGGGACAAGGGAUUUCCAGGACCCAGGGGCGCUAAAGGAACAAUGGGACUGCACCCUUUUCCCCCAUGUGAAGUCAUUGACUAUGUGCGCAGACACAGUCCUUGUUGGCAGGGAUUCCUUUUUGAUUGUCAGGUUAUUAACGAGCUCCUCAUGGAGCCAUAUUGUCCUCUUAUUAUUCUCCCCAUCUUUCCUUUGCAUCAGGAUAGUUUGCUGUUGCGCCUUCGAUACCGUCUCUUUGAGAAACUUCUGCUUCACACCGCUCAUCUUGCAUAUUUUAUCCUGUGUGAUUUGUAUAACUGUUUUUAUUGUCUAGAAAAACCGGAAUGCCCAGUAUAUCCAACGGAACUAGUGUUUGCUUUGGACAUAUCCCAGGAUGUCACAUCCCAGUUAUUUGAAAGAAUGAGAGAGAUUGUAAUAUCAGUAGUGAAUGCCACCAAAAUUAGAGACAGCAACUGCCCAGUGGGAGCUAGAGUCGCUGUUGUGUCCUACAAUUCCAACACUCAUUAUCUGAUCCGCUUCUCCGAGUUCUGCAACAAGAAUCAGCUCCUCAACAAACUUAAUAAUCUGGCUUAUGAGAGAUCCUCAAGCAAACGGGAUAUUGCCAGAGCAAUGGGAUUCGUUGCCAGGAAUGUUUUCAAGCGAACUCGCCAAGGUCCUAAUGUGAGAAAAAUAGCAGUGUUUUUCAGCAAUGGGCCGUCUGCAGAUGAAUUUUCUAUUAACACAGAACUUCUGGAGUACACUGCAUUUGAUAUUGUUCCAGUAGUUAUUGCUUUUAAUGAUGUUCCCCUCCUCAGUCGUGCUUUUGCGAUGGACGAUACUGGAUUCUUCCAGGUAAUAAAUAUUAAUCAAGAGGAUGACUAUGAGCCAUUCUUAGAAACAUUUCGGCGCUGCACUCUUUGUUAUGACAAAUGUAAACCAGACGAGUUUUGUGAACGCCGCAGAUUCCGAUCACCACCGGUAUAUGUGGAUGCUGCUUUCAUUUUGGAUAGCUCACAGAAAAUGAGUAGUGCCGAAUUUCAGAACGUGAAAAACUUCUUGAGCAGAGUACUUGAUAACUUUGACAUUUCCUCUGAGCCAGAGACUUCUUCCACAGGUGAUAGGGUGGCUGUAGUAAGCCAUGCUCCACCAGGUUUCAAACCCCGAAUGGGGCGGAACCCUGUAAAGAAAGAGUUUGACUUUGUCACCUACAAGAAGAGACAGUUAAUGAAAAGACAUAUCCAAGAAUCUGUUCGACAGCUGAAUGGAGCAGCUGCUCUUGGCCAUGCCAUACAGUGGACAAUUGAUAAUGUUUUCUUAACUGCACCCCACUCCAGACAACACAAGGCUAUUAUUGUUAUAUCUGCUGGAGAAACAAGUCAGUGGGACAAAGACACAUUAAAGAAGGCAUCUCUGAGAGCCAAGUGCCAAGGAUAUGCUCUGUUUGUAAUUUCAUUAGGACAUGUAUAUAACGACAUGGAAUUGGAAGAGAUGGCUAGUAUUCCCCUGGAACAUCAUUUGAUUCAGCUGGGCAGAGUUCAUAAGCCUGAACUUGAAUACGUAGUGAGGUUUAUGAAACCAUUUGUGCAUCUCCUCAGGCGUGCAAGCAACAAAUAUCCACCAGUAGAGCUCAAGAGAAUUUGUACCAGAGUUCGCUCUCAGAAAGGCCAACAUGUUGCUAUCCUAGAUGAGGAUUGGUCAGGAGGUGAUGCCAUAGCUGAUGCUGAAUACGCUGUUUCUGGGCAUGCAACACUAAUGUUCCAGGAUGACGUAAGCGAUGGUCCUUUAAACACCAACAGUUUUGUCAGCAAUACACAUCAAUCCUUGGUAACUACCGACAUAAUGGAGAAUGCUGCCAAAACACACGGAAGGGAAGAUAACAUGGCUGGAACCAAAGUGUUUUAAACAAUGAAAUGGUUAAAUAUGGCACUGGGCUGAAGAAACUAACUAUGCUGCAUGGUUCUGACCUAUAAAAAUUCCCGUCUCUGCCUCCUACAAUGGUUUAUUGGUGGAAAUCAUGGAAGAAAUGUGGACAUGAUCUGUGAGAUACAGAAUAAUUUUAUUUUUUUAAGAAAUGGACAAGACUGUAUUUUAAAAAACUUGAAUAUCUCUAUCCCUAUGCACGUAGGGUCUACUCCUGUAUAGUACUGAAUGUGCUCAACUCCCAUUCACUUCAGAGGGAGGUGAGGACACUUGGAAAUUAACAGGGUCAGGCCCUUAAGGAACUGUCUAGUCUCCAGGUCAGUUGUGCUUUGUUGGAGUUGGCUGGCAAGAACUGAGGCAUGAAUGUGUGUGUAACACUCUCCUCUUUCAAUGAGUAAACUGCAGUGCAAAUUCUUUUCAGUGAAACUUUACUUUCCAUAGUCCUUCUACAAGUGUAAGUUGCAUUGUGUAAAGAUAGGAAGAAGGCUUAUUAGUCACUGCUGUGCUUUUCCAGAUAGAGUAACUAUGCAAUUGGUGACUGAAUUACUUUUUAGACCAAGGAGAACUCUAAAAGAACAGCGUGUCUUUAACAUGGAGCAUCUCGUCUACCUUAAAACAAAACAAAACACCAAAGUCAUAAGCAUAGGGCUUGUAAAAAAUACUUUCCAAUGUACGUGUUUUUUCCAUCAAAAAAUGUUGAGUCCAUGGAAUUGAAGCAUUCUACAGGAAUGUCUCUAUUCCAUCAUAAGUUUUGAUGAAAACCAAGCAGAUUGGCUCCCGACGGUCUGGCCAGUGUGCCAGUCUAGAAGUUUUCAAAAAGUCUAUUCCACAGAAAAUUUUGUAUUUCCAACUGCUUGUUCUGAUUUGGAACAACAAAAAAAUUCAGAAUUGCAGGUUUCAUGGGACAGAACUUGUACAACUCUACUUGUCUUCAUAGCUACAUGGACCCUAUUCAAUUUUACAGUCUCAAUAUUAAAAAGUGGCUAAAUGGAAUUUGGUUUCAUAUGCCACAAUAUACCAAUUUUCAGACUGAUGUGAUGUCAAAUAGUCAUAAAAAAAUAUUGCAACAUCCAGGUUUGUUGUACAUUUACAAAGCUUCAUUUCAGUGUUAGUACACAGAUGUGUAAAAAUAGACAGCAUACAUAUAUAGUAGCUCAUUACAUUUUAACUGGUACGUUAAGUACUUUGAAUAGGUAGUGAGCCCAUUAAACUAUCCUUCCCAUAUUACAGUAGAGUUGUUAGUUAUGCUUGGAGUAAACUCUCAAACCUAGAAUUAUGUUGUGCCAAUUGGGGAAAAGAAGAGAUAUUGGUUAAAUGUAUUUUUUUCUAUGUAUCUUUAUUCCAAAAAGGAAAAUUUAAACCAAAUUACUACUGAAGUCCCUGGGGAUAUAAACCACUGGCUUUAGUGGGAUCAGGCUUUGAAUAUCAGUGCACUAUAAAGGAACAAAAGUCCCAUUUCUCAAACUCUUAUGAUCAGGCACAGGUGACUCUUCACAGUAGUAAGCAUGCCUGAUAGUCAUUGUUCAAAGCUUCAGACCCCAAAUUCUUUCAAAUAAAAAUGUUCACAAUUUAGACCAGUUUUUUGGUCUAGAGAGUAGUAUAAGAAAAUAUUUUAUUUUUCUGACUUUUUUUUAAAAAAGUAUUUAAUUUCUAAUUGGUGAAAGACAUUUAAAAACUGUAUGGGGACAAUUGUAAAAUGUACCCUUUGUCACUAUGCUGGCAUCAUACUGAGCUUUUUAAUGCAGGUUAUGCAACAUGUCAUGGUACUAAUUAAACUAUCUGCCUGAAACUUCA